GUUUCUGGAGAAUCUGCUGCAGUUCUUUAGACUGUCACACCCGCUGCUUUUUGUCUCUGCAAGCAAAACUCAGCAGUUGUCUAAAGGGGGCAGCAGGGGUGAGACUGGGCGAGAGCAGAGGAGAGAUGGCAUGAGAAAUCUUUGUCCUGAAUGGGCUGUGUGUGUAGUGGACUUUUAACUCCUCUCACCUAAAAUCAUCAGCAAACACUGUAACCACUGAGUCAUCGCGCGAUGAAAUACUUAUUUGGAAUCUUGGUGGUAAUCUCAUCGUUGACCGUCAGCAUCUGCAAUAAGCAUUAUGGAAUGCAGUACUCCUCAUUAGGUGCGUCUCUGAGCUGCUAUAAGUGCUCGGAUUACUACGGCGGCCGGUGUGGGAAAAUCCAGGAGUGCACUUAUGAAGACUCGUGUUUGUCUCUGCAUGAGAAAGGAGGGAAAACGAUCAGGCAGUGCAUUAGGUACACGGACUGUGACAACUCCCGGCUGACUCAGAUGUUUCCAGCGGUGUCUGGAUUUACGUACCGCUGCUGUAACACAAACUUAUGUAACAGCGGGCACAGGAACGCGGCCAUCCUCAGUGUGUUUAUCUCUCUGCUCAGCAUAUGGUGGAGCUACUUCUGCUAACCUUCCCACCAUAUCACAGAAAUGUACUGGUCUUACGUACAGUAAUGGUAAUAGGAUGUGUAUCAUAAUUUUAACGUGUUCUAAUAAGUUUAACUUGAUUUAAUAUAUAAACACAUAUAUAAACCCAAAUAGAAUGCUAAUGAUAAGUUGUAAUUGAAUUUGCAUGUUGCUGGGUACUGAUGGAAAUAACAAUUAAAAGCUCUGUGUUUCAGAAGGUAUGUGUAUUUUUGCAUUAUUAACAUGGUUAAUUGGGUAACCUCUGUUCAUACUUGGUGCAUGCAAUUUUGAAGAGAUUGUGUCUAUUUAUCUUCUAAUCAUGUUUAGCUUGUGGCAGCUACGUAACAGGUGUUGUUUCACUAGGGACACAUCCUCACAACUUUUUAAAAUAGUAGAUCGUUUUAAAAACAUG